AUGUCAUUCAGGCAACUAACGUGCAUGGAUUCCAGGGAUCCAUUGUUUGGCCAGAACGACUCUCCCCCAGCCCUGCCCAUCACAGUGCCCCUCUCGGGCAAUCCUCCAGCACCGGCUGUGCCGGCGCGGCCGCCCCAGGCGCGGUCACCUGCAGAGGAAUUGCACCUGGCAGAGCAGCCCAGGCAGCCCCUGUGCGAGCUGCAGCCCCUGGGAGGGCCCAGUGCACCCAUGAUGAUUGUUGCCAGCCAGUCAGAAAAUGGACAGGUGCUGCAUGUCAUUCCUUCUGCCCAGCCAGGAGUGACCCAAGUGAUUAUCCCUCCAGGUCAGCUUCUGGAUGUGACCAGCACACAGGGAUUUGAGCACCGGUUAAGUUUUCCUGUGGAAUGA